GUAUGUGUGUGUGCGUGUGUGUGAGUAUGAAUGUGUAUGUGUGUGUGUUUUCCGCGUGAAGCAGGAUUGUGUCACUGAGCCCGAAAGAGAGCGGAGUAGCUGUCAGCCUUAGGAGAGAAGAGAUAAACCGCCUCAUUUUAAAAAUAUAUUUAUUUAUUUAAUUGAAUUAUCUUCUGCACUCGGAUUCUAUUUUUUUUUCAACUCACGUGAAGGUUGUUUUUUUUUUUUACGCGUUUGAUUGCACAACAGUGGCGCGUGAAAGGACGCUUUCCAUUUUAUGAGUAAGAGUGGAGGAAGAAAUGGAGAAAUCAGUGGACUUUCCGUCGGACCGAAACAUUCUGUGUCUGUUCGAUGUGGACGGGACACUGACACCACCCAGAGAGAAAAUCAACCCACAGCUGGAUGAAUUCUUCCAGAUCCUGCGAAGGAAAGUGAAGAUCGGGAUUGUGGGAGGGUCAGACUACUCCAAGAUCGCGGAGCAGCUCGGGGAGGGUGACGAAGUCAUAAACAAGUUUGACUACGUGUUUGCUGAGAAUGGCACCGUGCAGUAUAAAGACGGGAAACUGCUCUCCAAACAUGCCAUUCAGAACCAGAUCGGGGAAGAGCUGCUGCAGGACCUGAUCAACUUCUGCCUCAGCUACAUGGGACUCAUCAAGCUGCCAAAGAAAAGGGGGACGUUCAUUGAGUUCAGGAAUGGAAUGCUCAACAUCUCUCCGAUCGGUCGAAGCUGCUCGCAAGAGGAGCGAAUAGAAUUCUCUGAAAUCGACAAGAGAGAAAAGAUCAGAGAGAAAUUUGUUGCCGCCCUGAAAGAAGAGUUUGCUGGUAAAGGGCUACGAUUCACUAAAGGUGGUCUCAUCAGCUUUGACAUUUUCCCGGAGGGCUGGGACAAGCGGCUGUGUUUAGAGCUGCUGGAGAGAGAAGGCCUGGACGCCAUCUACUUCUUCGGCAACGAGACUUCAGAUGGAGGAAACGACUACGAGAUCUUCAACGACCCCCGGACCAUCGGUUUCACCGUCUACUCCCCGGAGGACACGGCCAGACUCUGCCGGGAAAUUUUCUUUGACGCUUCCCCGCGCGAGUCCUGAUGUCCUGAACUGCCCUGGUUUUUUUUUUUUUUUUUUUACCCACAGUCAGCUGGGCCUGCGGGCACUAAAACCAGCAUCGCCAGCCUCAAGACUUUUUAAUGAACUGCUGAAAAGUAACACUACUGACAUGUUGUCAUCCCUGAACGAAGACGGAUCAAAAAGGGACAUGGAGAGUUGCAGUGUGACAAGCUGCUGUGUGUAUUAAGUGUAUGCAUUGUGAUGUGUAGUUACGUAAUCAGACACUAAAAAAAAAAGAGAUUAUAUAAGAUUCAGCAGUGCAGAAAGCAAAAAAAAAAACCUCCAGAUUUUUUAAGUGAUAUUUUGCACUAAUAUUUUUUUUUUUUUACUAAUAGGUACAAUCUCUGUUGCUGAAAGAGGUGAUUUUUUUAAAGUCAAGGUGAAGAUAAUCACCUUUUUUUACUUAAAAUGAGAAUCAUUCCACAUAUUUUAAUGUCCCAACUUGAUGUGAUUUUCUCAUGAUUUUACUGUGUGACUUGCUAAAUGGUGACUGUUUCUUCAAAGGUGCUGGAAAAGUAAGAAGUUUGCUCUUGCACGUUGUUCUUCAUCAGCAUGUUGUGCAACUUGUUGUAACAGAAGAUUCACCGGGAUUUUAGAGUUUAGACUUGAUGAGCACUGUCAAAGUACGUCCAUCUCAUCCAGUUAAUGAAGCUAUUGAGUUACUCCAAACUGUGUUUAAUAUAUAUGACUUUGCUUUUACAAUAAUUUUUUUCAUUCGGUGUUUUUAUCAUCAUCCAUUUAAAAUCCCUGUAAAGCAAAUUUAACCGUAAAAUUUCAUUGUGUAGCUUAAUUAAAAACAGUUCAAUGAAAAUGUGAUGUGUUCUGCUUUCGAUCAGCCGUUCCUGAAGCCAAUUGCACUAUAAAUAAUACACUCUCAUCAGUUUGAGCCAAUAUUUUUAAAAGAGACACACUGCAAUCACAAAGAUUUCUUUAUAUGACACAAUUUUACAUGAAAAGGAGGGAAUUUUAUGUGAAAAUGCUCAACUAAUGUUUUAUCAAAACAUCUGGCUCCAGAAAAAGGGGUGAAAAAAUGAGCAAUGCUCAAGAUUUCAAAAAGUAGUCACUAUGAUGUACGCUUUUCCCCAAGUCAUUAUCUUUAUAAAUUCGUGUUUCCCUGUUUGCAGUGAAUCUGUUUCUGCACUUCUUCAGCUCCAAAAGCCCCAUGAUGCACAUUAAAACCACAUUUAAGCAUCAAACUCACCUUUUUUUUUUUUUUUUUUUUUCUUGCCAUUUCUGGAUAAGAAUGUUAGGCUAUGCUGAGCUCUGAAUUGUGUUGUAUGAUGCCACAGGAGGGCCAAUGGCAAAAACCAAAACACAAUAGCAAAUGUCUCAACACAAAUGUGCAACAGUGGAAAAAACAGGCUUUGUUUCCAGGGGACAAUAAUUUCUGAUGGAACCAAACAAUGGACAGAGAUGAGGGAUGAUUUCUGUUUUCUCUGUAAAAGUGUCUAAAAAUGACUGUUUUAAUUGGUACUUUAUAAAUAAAGCUGAAUUGAAUUGAACUGAAUUGAAAACACUUCAUGACAUUGAUCAUAAUCAUUUAGCAACAGCGUUUUACUUACAUUACAAGCUCUCCCAUAAUCAAAAUAGUCCGUCAGAAAACAAGGU